UUGUCAAGCACAAGAAUGGCUCAAGCAUUGAAAUCUUCACCAGAUGGAAGAGCAGGCCAUGAGAGUGUUGUAAUAGGAGAGAAAAUGUUUGUUUGGGGAGGAAGGACUCAGUCAAUUGGUGUCUUUCACUCUCGAGUUAACUUGUUUAGUGUGAACAUGAUAUCUGGGGUGUGGGAUGCUCACACUGCUGAUGCUAAAGACAAACCAACACGUUGUGAAUCAGCAUGCAGUGCUGUAGUUGGCAAUACCAUCUAUUCAUAUGGAGGAGUGAUUAGUGUAUCACCAUUUCGAACAUUAGAUGAAUUAUACAAAUUGAACAUUGAGGAGAUGAGGUGGAGGAGAGUGGAAAUAGAAGGAACAAAACCUGCAGGAAGAUGUGGAGCAGCAAUGUGUUGUGUGAAUGGCAAACUUAUAAUGAUGGGUGGAUAUGGUCCAAUGACAUCAGACAGACGACAUUCACAAGCUGAAUACAAGGAGAAUCCAUCCAGAAGUGGUUAUGGUUGGAACAAUGAAUUAUGGUCAUUUGAUGGUGAGACAGAUUGUUGGUCUCCAGUGUGUGUGACUGGUUCUAAACCAUCUCCACGUGCUUUUCACACACUGACAGCUGCGGAUGAGAAAAGAGUCAUCUUGUUUGGUGGCUAUGAUGGUCAGAAAUGUUUGAAUGAUUUGUGGUUAUUGGAUGUGCAGAAAAAGAUGUGGACUCACAUCACACCAUCUUCUCUAUUGUGGCCACAACCAAGAAGUCAGCACACUAUGUGUACAAUAUGCUGUAAAGAUGAAGAGAUUAAGGUGUUACUGAUGGGAGGAUAUGAUGGAAGUGUUAUGAAAGACUGUUGGAUGAUAGAUGUGAUGAGAGGCAGCAGUGAGAAGCUUAUGAUUGAUGGUGACAUGUUUGCUCGUCGUGCUCAUUCUGUUGGUUGUGUUACACUAUCAGAUGACACAGUAGCCAUCAGUGUAUUUGGUGGUUAUUCCUCGUAUCAUUCUGUUACCUCCAGUCCACGUUUCUACCAGUGGAAUCCUCGUAAUUUGUCUGUCCUUCAUAAUGGUUUACCAGCAGCAGGAACUGGUGUACUUGCUGUUUGUCAUGAGUCAGCAAGUGUCUCUCUUGCUGGUGAGACAAGUCAAGAGACAAGGCAAUUAAUGGAACAAAUUGGACAUCUCACAGAAAGAAAUUCACAAUUGCAGAGUCGACUAGAUGAUAGCGAACGAUUAAAGGAUGAGUGUAAUGUACAGCUGAGUGUGGAAAGGAGCAGAACAGAUGAAGCCAGAGCUUUGUGUGAGGAGAAAGACAAACAGAUUGAAGAAUUGAUUGAUGAAAGGCAAAGUCUGCAACAUGAAGUGGAGAGACUGAAGGAGGAGACGAGCAAUCAGCAGACACAGUUGUAUUACAAACAGAAAGCUAUUGAUAGUUUACUUAGUGAAAGAGAAGCAAGACAGAGAGAAAUGAAUAGAAUGAGAGAAGAGAAGGGAGAGCUAGAACGAAGGGUAGAAGAGAUGGAUUUAUUGCUGAAAAAUGCAGAGGCAGCAAGUGAAGAUGCAGAGAGAAGAGUAAGGGAGAACGAGGAGGUGCUGAACAUUGCAGCAGAAGACAUACAACUGAGUGAUAAGGAAAUAGGCAGUGGAGCAUUUGGAUCUGUUCGUGUCGGCUACUGGCGUGGCUGCCCAGUGGCUGUCAAAGUGUUACACAAGGAACUGGCAAGGGAUCAUUACCAGAGACGUCUGUUUGAAAAGGAAGUGUGUGUUUCUUCCAGAUUACACCAUCCCAAUAUUGCUGCUGUGUGUGGUGUCACUCGUCAACUGGAUGCUCCAUUCUGUCUGAUCAUGGAACUAUUACAGGCUUCAUUGUCAGACGUCAUUGAAGCAGCACACGUGAGUGGCAUCUACUUGACAUUGAGAGAACAGACAGAUCUUGCUCAUGAUUGUUUGAGUGGCCUCACAUAUUUGCACAAUUUGCCUCGUCCUAUUCUGCAUGGUGAUAUUCGUCCUACAAACAUCCUCAUCACAUCAGUGAUGAGAGCAAAGAUAGGAGACUUGGGUUCUGCACGUUUUACUGAUGGCUCACUGUCAGUGGGUCCUAUGAGUACACUGUAUGUUGCACCAGAACGAUUGGCCAAUAACGCUUUACCCAACAACCAAAGAGCAGACGUGUACAGUAUGGGCGUAAGUCUGGGAGAAUUGUUUACUGGAUAUCAAGGGAAUCGUGAAGACAGAACAAGACAACUGCGAUCUGUGCGUCACUGGGAUCUGCGUGUGGUGUGUUGUCAGAUGGCUCACGAGGAUGGCAGCACUAGAAUGAAGGCAAGUGAAGCUCUCAAUGUUAACAACAGAGUUGUGAGGAGUGAGGAGUACACGAGAUGUGGUCCACGACGUAUGGUGAAGGGAGUGACGGAUGGAGUAAAGAAGGUGACACUGUGUGAGAAACCAUGGUGAACAGAAGAGACAGAACGUUGAUACCAAUGAGUUGGAUUGUUGUCGCGCGAGUCUGUCUUAGUAUUAGAUGUUGUCGAUGUGUAGCUAUCGAGUUGACUGUUUGUUAGUUGUCUUGCUGCAUGACUGUAGUGUGAUGGACUAUUGAUGUGUUGUGAUCAGAUGAACAAGCAAAUGUGUUGUUUAUGUGUA